UCGUUCGCUGGGAAGAGCCGUUCAAAAGAAUCAAUUCGUUCGCGAACGUCACAUCUCCACUCACCUCUUUGGACCUGCUCGGAAGAAAUGGAAGCCACCCCCGGUCGUCGGUGGUAGUUUUUGUAUAUAGCUUGUGAACAACUAAUUCACAGGUCACGUACCCCAGCUGUCCGUGUCGGCGUCGUCGCUAAAGAAAGACGCUGCUCACACUUCAUGUCCCGCAAGCCCUUACAAGAGUGACUCGCCUUCCUGGUUGCUUGGAUGAGUCCCAAACCGCGAGUCCAGCGGAAGCAGUGAUUGGCCGCCAGCCAGACCACGUAGCCAGCGGCCUUCCAGGCGAGCCAUCAUGGCAGACGUGGACCCAGACACCCUGCUGGAGUGGCUCCAGAUGGGUCAAGGCGACGAGCGCGACAUGCAACUCAUCGCUUUGGAGCAACUCUGCAUGCUGUUGCUCAUGUCUGACAAUGUGGACCGCUGCUUUGAGACGUGUCCCCCUCGGACCUUCCUCCCGGCGCUGUGUAAGAUCUUCCUGGAUGAGAGCGCUCCAGACAAUGUGCUGGAAGUGACGGCGCGCGCCAUCACCUACUACCUGGACGUGUCUGCAGAAUGCACCCGUAGGAUUGUAGGUGUGGACGGCGCCAUUAAAGCGCUCUGCAGCCGUCUGGUGGUGGUGGAGCUCAACAACAGAACCAGCAGAGACCUGGCUGAGCAGUGCGUCAAGGUCCUCGAGCUGAUCUGUACCAGGGAGUCCGGUGCCGUUUUCGAGGCGGGCGGCCUGAACUGCGUGCUGAGCUUCAUCAGAGACAGCGGCCACCUGGUGCACAAAGAUACGCUACACUCGGCCAUGGCGGUGGUGUCCCGCCUCUGCAGCAAGAUGGAGCCUCAAGACUCGUCUUUGGAGACCUGCGUGGAGUCUCUGUCCAGCCUUCUCAAGCAUGAAGAUCACCAGGUAUCAGAUGGCGCUCUGCGCUGCUUUGCUUCAUUGGCGGACCGCUUCACCCGACGAGGUGUGGACCCUGCCCCUUUGGCCAAACACGGCCUGACGGAGGAGCUGCUCUCCCGCAUGGCUGCUGCCGGCGGUGCCGCGUCGGGUCCCUCCUCAGCCUGUAAGCCCGGCCGCACGUCGACGGGCGCUGCUCCUUCAGCGCCCGACUCCAAACUUAGCAAUCAAGUGUCGACCAUUGUCAGCCUCCUGUCCACGCUGUGCAGGGGCUCCCCACUCGUCACGCACGACCUGCUGCGCUCCGCUCUGCCAAACUCCAUGGAGUCUGCUCUGGGAGGGGACGAGCGCUGUGUGCUGGACACGAUGCGGCUGGUCGACCUGCUGCUGGUGCUCCUAUUUGAGGGCCGCAAGGCCUUGCCCAAAUCCACGGCCGGAUCCUCGAGUCGCAUCCCUUGUCUGCGACGCUUGGACAGCUCGGGAGAAAGAUCCCACCGACAGCUCAUCGACUGUAUCCGCAGCAAAGACACAGACGCCCUCAUCGACGCCAUCGACACGGGAGCCUUUGAGGUGAACUUCAUGGACGACGUGGGUCAGACGCUGCUCAACUGGGCCUCGGCCUUUGGCACGCAGGAAAUGGUGGAGUUCUUGUGUGAGAGGGGUGCUGAUGUCAACAGAGGUCAAAGGUCAUCCUCGCUGCAUUACGCUGCAUGCUUUGGACGGCCUCAAGUAGCAAAGACUCUGCUGCGUCACGGUGCCAACCCUGACCUGAGGGAUGAGGAUGGAAAGACUCCCCUGGACAAGGCUCGGGAGCGGGGGCACAGUGAAGUGGUGGCCAUACUGCAGUCUCCCGGAGACUGGAUGUGUCCGGUCAACAAGGGUGAUGACAAGAAGAAGAAGGAUGUCAACAAGGAGGAAGAGGAAGGAGGCGAGCCCAAAGGGGAUCCAGAAAUGGCCCCCAUCUACCUGAAGAGACUGCUGCCUGUUUUUGCACAAACCUUUCAGCAAACCAUGCUGCCUUCUAUUAGGAAAGCCAGUCUGGCUCUGAUCCGGAAGAUGGUCCACUAUAGCAGUGAGGUGUUGCUCAAGGAAGUCUGCGACAGCGAGACGGGUCACAACUUGCCCACGAUCCUGGUGGAGAUCAGUGCCACUGUGCUGGACCAGGAGGACGACGACGAUGGACACCUCCUGGCCCUGCAGAUCAUCAGAGAUCUGGUGGACAAAGGAGGAGACGUCUUCCUGGACCAGCUGGCCCGCUUGGGAGUCAUCAACAAAGUGUCCACACUGGCCGGACCCGCAUCAGAUGAUGAGAACGAGGACGAGGUCAAACCUGAGAAGGAGGAGGAGGUGCAGGAGGACGCGAGGGAGAUCCUCCAAGGGAAGCCCUAUCACUGGCGGGACUGGUCCAUCAUCAGGGGGAGAGACUGUCUCUACAUCUGGUCGGAUGCUGCCGCCCUCGAACUUUCAAACGGCUCGAAUGGAUGGUUCCGCUUCAUCCUGGAUGGGAAGUUGGCCACCAUGUACUCCAGUGGCAGUCCCGAGGGGGGGUCCGACAGCUCUGAGUCCCGCAGCGAGUUCCUGGAGAAGCUUCAGCGUGCGAGGAGCCAGGUGAAACCAGUGACAUCCAGCCAGCCCAUCCUUUCCAGUUUGGGUCCCUCCAAGCUGACGGUGGGAAACUGGUCUCUGACGUGCCUGAAGGAUGGUGAGAUUGCCAUCCACAACUCGGAUGGUCAGCAGGCCACCAUCUUGAAAGAGGACCUGCCGGGCUUUGUUUUCGAGUCCAACAGAGGAACCAAACACUCAUUCACUGCAGAAACAUCUUUGGGUUCUGAGUUUGUGACGGGAUGGACAGGAAAGCGAGGCCGCAAGCUGAAGUCCAAACUGGAAAAGACCAAACAGAAAGUAAAGAGCAUGGCCAGGGAACUCUAUGAUGACCACUUCAAGGCCGUGGAGAGCAUGCCCAGAGGAGUGGUGGUCACCCUGAGGAACAUCUCCACACAGCUAGAGUCCUCCUGGGAGCUGCACACCAACAGACAAUGUGUUGAAGGGGAGAACACCUGGAGGGACCUGAUGAAGACGGCCCUGGAGAACCUCAUUGUGGUGCUGAAAGAUGAGAACACAAUUUCUCCUUACGAGAUGUGCAGCAGCGGCUUGGUGCAAGCACUCUUCACUGUGCUCAACAACAGCGUGGACCUGGACCUAAAACAUGAUUGUAAGCCUUUAAUGGAGAGGAUCAAUGUCUUCAAGGCGGCUUUCUGUGAGAAUGAAGAUGAUGAAAGCCAACCAGCUAUUGCCUUAAUCCGUAAGCUGAUUGCUGUCCUGGAGUCGAUUGAGCGCCUUCCCCUGCACCUGUACGACACUCCUGGCUCCUCCUACAACCUACAGAUCUUGACGAGGAGGCUGCGCUUUCGCCUGGAGCGAGCACCAGGCGAGACGGCUCUGAUUGACCGUACGGGGCGCAUGUUGAAGAUGGAACCCCUGGCCACCGUGGAGUCACUGGAACAGUACCUGCUGAAGAUGGUCGCAAAGCAGUGGUACGACUUUGAGCGCUCCUCCUUCAUCUUUGUCAGGAAGCUAAGAGAAGGUCAGACUUUCACCUUCAGACACCAACACGACUUUGAUGAGAAUGGCGUCAUCUACUGGGUCGGAACCAAUGCCAAGACGGCCUACGAGUGGGUCAACCCUGCCGCCUAUGGUCUGGUGGUGGUGACCUCAUCAGAGGGACGGAACCUCCCUUAUGGCCGUCUGGAGGACAUCUUGAGUCGGGACAGCUCUGCCCUCAACUGUCACACCAACGAUGACAAGAAUGCCUGGUUUGCCGUCGACCUGGGCCUCUGGGUCAUUCCCUCGGCGUACACCUUGAGGCACGCCAGGGGUUACGGGCGCUCUGCAUUGAGGAACUGGGUGUUCCAGGUGUCCAAAGACGGUCAGAACUGGACCACGCUGUAUACACACAUGGACGACUGCAGCCUGACUGAACCAGGGUCGACCGCCACAUGGCCUCUGGACCCAUCCAAAGACGAGAAACAGGGUUGGCGACACAUCAGAAUCAAGCAAAUGGGCAAGAACGCCAGCGCCCAGACCCACUACCUGUCUUUGUCCGGCCUGGAGCUCUAUGGCACCGUUACUUCCGUAUGCGAGGACCAGCUAGGUAAAGCCGUGAAGGAAGCUGAGGCCAAUCUUCGACGCCAGCGGCGCCUCUUUCGCUCCCAGGUGAUGAAGUACAUCGUCCCCGGAGCCAGAGUCGUCCGUGGCAUUGACUGGAAGUGGCGUGACCAGGAUGGCAACCCGGCCGGCGAGGGCACCGUCACUGGAGAGGCCCAUAACGGCUGGAUUGAUGUAACCUGGGAUGCUGGCGGCUCUAACUCUUACCGUAUGGGCGCUGAAGGGAAGUUUGACCUCAAGCUUGCUCCAGGGUACGACCCUGAGUCGGCUGCCACAGCGCCGUCACCCAAACCUGUCUCAUCCGCUGUUUCAGGCCCCGCCUUCUCCACGGUGGGACACUCCUUGACCCCGGCAGCCAGUGGCGGCACCACCACUACCUCUUCUUCCUCGCAGCAGCAGUCGUGGAGCAGUCUGGUGAAAAAUAACUGUCCAGACAAGGGCGGGGCCUCGUCGCUGGGUGGAGCCAGCUCCUCCAGCAGGAAGGGCAGUAGCAGCUCUGUCUGUAGUGUGGCCUCCUCCUCUGACAUCAGCCUCAGCUCCUCCCUCGGCCUCCCCGCCGGAGGGCUGCGGCCGGACAAGAGGGUUGAGGGGCUGCUGCUGGACCAGGGUUCUGGGGUGGGUGGACUCACAGGAGGCGGGGCCGGCUCUGAGGGCCAGCAGCAAGAACCUAUUGGUGAAGAACCUAUGGUGCUGUCCUCCGCCAUGGAGGGCGGGUCCGGUUCCGCGUCCAGCUCGGGCACCAUCACCGCAGACGCGUCCGCCCCCGGUGAAGAAGGCCGGAACAAAGACCCAUCCGACGACCCGGCGACGGCCAUCUCCAUGGGGCUGGUGAGCGUGAGCUCGCCUGACGUCAGCUCUGUGUCCGAAUCUCCGAGCAAGGACGUGCCCUCCCAGAGGCCUUUGUGCUCGGCUGCCAAUGCCCGCCUGUCGGUCAGCUCCCUGCUGGCGGCCGGCGCCCCCAUGAGCUCUAGUGCCAGCGUGCCCAACCUCUCGUCCCGCGAGGCCAGCCUAAUGGAGUCGUUUGUACGCCGCGCGCCCAACAUGUCGCGAACAAACGCCACCAACAACAUGAACCUGAGCCGCAGCAGCAGCGACAACAACACCAACACGCUCGGGAGGAAUGUCAUGAGCACGGCCACGUCUCCGCUCAUGGGCGCUCAGAGCUUUCCGAACCUCACCACCACUGGCACCACCUCCACCGUUACCAUGUCAACCUCCAUCGUAACCAGCAGCAAUAACGUCGCCACAGCCACCACUGGCCUGUCAGUGGGGCAGUUGCUAAGCAACACCUUGACCACCAGCCUGACAUCCACGUCCAGCGAGAGCGACACGGGACAGGAAGCGGAAUUUUCUCUCUAUGACUUCCUGGAUAGCUGUCGCGCUAACACGCUAUUAGCUGAGCUUGACGAUGAAGAAGACCUUCCAGAGCCUGACGACGACGAUGAUGAGAACGAAGACGACAAUCAGGAGGACCAGGAGUAUGAGGAGGUGUUGGAGGAGGAGGAGUAUGAGACCAAAGGAGGUCGCAGAAGGACGUGGGAUGACGAUUUUGUACUAAAGAGACAGUUUUCAGCUUUGGUCCCUGCUUUUGACCCCCGACCUGGAAGAACCAAUGUACAGCAGACCACUGAUCUGGAGAUCCCUCCGCCAGGGACUCCUUGCUCUGAGGUGCAGGAGGAGGUGGAGUGUGCUCCUUCUCCUCAUCUGGCCCUUACCCUCAAGGUGGCGGGUCUGGGCACGACACGGGAGGUGGAGCUUCCUCUGUCCAAUUACAAGUCCACCAUCUUCUUCUACGUCCAGCGAUUGCUACAGCUCUCGUGCAACGGCGCCGUGAAGACGGACAAACUGCGACGCAUCUGGGAGCCCACAUACACGAUCAUGUACAGAGAGCUGAAGGACGCCUGCAAGGAGAAAGAGAGCGACAAGAUGGACUUCUGUGAACACAGCGUGGGUGGCAGCGGUCUGAGUCCGAACUCGCUGUUGUCCAAUCAGAGCAGUGACAUUCUGGGAUGCAGUCGAGAGACGCCGCAGGCCAAAGCGGGCUGCAGUCAGAACACGUGUGGCGUGGAGGACGUCCUGCAGCUCCUCCGCAUUCUCUACAUCAUCGGAGGAGACGCUGCCUCCAACGCACGCACACUGCAGGAGGACGCAGAUGAGCUGCAGUUCAAUGCAGCGCCGGAAGAGUUCACCAGCAAGAAGAUCACCACAAAGAUCCUUCAGCAGAUCGAAGAGCCGCUGGCGCUUGCGAGUGGUGCACUUCCUGACUGGUGUGAACAGCUGACAUCCAAGUGUCCUUUCCUGAUCCCAUUUGAGACCCGACAGCUCUUCUUCACCUGCACUGCCUUUGGAGCCUCCAGGGCCAUCGUUUGGUUGCAGAACCGGCGCGAGGCCACCAUGGAGCGCUCUCGCCCGUCUACCACGGUGCGCAGGGACGACCCUGGAGACUUCAGGGUGGGCCGGCUCAAACAUGAGCGCGUCAAAGUCCCGCGAGGAGAGGCCAUGAUGGAGUGGGCCGAGUCCGUCAUGCAGAUCCACGCCGACAGGAAGUCUGUGCUUGAGGUGGAGUUCCAAGGAGAGGAGGGAACCGGCCUCGGUCCAACGCUGGAGUUCUACGCUUUGGUGGCUGCAGAAUUCCAGAGAACAUCACUGGGAAUCUGGUUGUGUGACGACGACUUCCCUGAUGACGAGUCACGACAGGUGGACCUGGGCGGUGGCCUGAAGCCUCCGGGUUUCUACGUGCAGCGUUCAUGCGGUCUCUUCCCGGCACCGUUCCCUCAGGAUAGCGAGGAACUGGAGCGCAUCACCAAACUCUUCCACUUCCUGGGUGUGUUCCUGGCCAAGUGCAUCCAGGACAACCGUUUGGUGGACCUUCCCGUGUCUCAGCCCUUCUUUAAGUUGCUCUGCAUGGGGGACAUCAAGUCCAACAUGAGCAAGCUGCUCUACUCGUCACGCGGCUCACCGCAUGGUCACGACUCGGAGCGGCUGCUGCUGUCCGAUGUGCAGUCGCAGGCGUCCACCGAGGAGAGCCAGGAGACGUACUCUGUGGGCAGCUUCGACGAGGACUCAAAGUCCGAGUUCAUCAUGGACCCGCCCAAGCCCAAACCUCCUGCCUGGUACCAUGGCAUCCUCACCUGGGAGGACUUCCAGCUGGUCAAUCCCCACAGGGCCAGCUUCCUGAAGGAGGUCAAGGAGUUGGUGGUCAAAAGGAGGCAGAUCCUGGCCAGUAAAAAUCUGUCCGAGGAUGACAAGAACACAAGACUGCAAGACCUGAUGCUGAGGAACCCCUUGGGCUCUGGACCUCCCCUCAGCAUAGAAGACCUGGGGUUGAACUUCCAGUUCUGUCCCUCUUCCAAAGUUCAUGGUUUCUCAGCAGUAGAUCUCAAACUAAACGGCGAUGAUGAGAUGGUGACCAUGGAGAAUGCAGAGGACUACGUGGAGUUAAUGUUUGACUUUUGUAUGCACACGGGAAUCCAGAAACAGAUGGAGGCCUUCAGAGAGGGAUUCAAUCGAGUGUUUCCAAUGGAAAAGUUGAGCUCGUUUAGCCACAAGGAGGUGCAGAUGAUCCUCUGUGGGAACCAGUCACCUUCAUGGACUGCUGAUGACAUCAUCAACUACACUGAGCCAAAGCUGGGUUACACCAGAGAUAGUCCCGGCUUCCUGCGAUUCGUCAGAGUUCUGUGCGGAAUGUCGUCGGACGAAAGGAAAGCCUUCCUACAGUUCACCACCGGCUGCUCCACGCUGCCCCCUGGAGGCCUAGCCAACCUGCACCCCCGCCUCACCAUCGUCAGGAAGGUGGAUGCCACAGACUCCAGUUACCCGUCGGUCAACACGUGCGUUCACUACCUGAAGCUUCCGGAAUAUUCCUCCGAAGACAUCGUGAGGGAGCGUCUCCUGGCCGCCACCAUGGAGAAAGGCUUCCACCUGAACUGACCUGCAUGUUUCAUCAUUGUCAUCACAGCUAGGGGCGGAGCCUUCACAGCCCACGCUGUUCUCUUCCUCACCUCGUCCGCUUUUCUCAUCCUCACCCAUCUGGUGCAUGUAUGCGUGUGUGUGUUUGCUCCUUUUCAGUUUGUACGGCAGCAUUUUUUUUCUUUUGUUUUUAUUGCUUUGUGUGUGUGCGCGUGUGUGUGCGCGCGCGUGCUGGUUCUUUCCAUAGACUCAAACACUGGUCAUGUGCGAGGCACAUUUGAAGAGAGAAACAAAUUUCCUGUAUUUUCUUUGUAUAUUAUAAACAUUUAUUUAACUCAAGUUGCAGUUUGAACUGAACAGAUAUUUUCAAACGUGUUUGCUCCAAUAAAAAAAAAAGAUCAUUAAAAUGUU